AUGUUGGUAUCGUGGCAGAGACUCAUUCGUUUUGCUGCAAGCGAUGGGCGAAUCCUCCGAGGAGAGCCCAUCCUCCCUCAUGAGGGAUUCGACCUGGGAAACACUACCGAGGAGACAAGUUUGAAGGCAAAAGUUAUUGAGGGCUCUGACAUAUAUGACACCUCAGGGAAGACCAAGGUCACCGAUGAGAUUGUUGUAGUGAAGAAGCUUCUCGGCCCUUUAGCGCAAGAGGAUGUGCCUAUUCUCCGAUGUGUAGGGCUGAACUAUGCAACGCACAUCAGAGAGGCCGGCCGCAAGCCGCCGCCGUUCCCUUUCAUCUUUUUCAAACCCAACACAACUGUUCUGGACCAUGACGCAGAUGUGAUCAUUCCAAAGAUCUGCCAGGAUGACCAGGCCGACUACGAAGGCGAGUUAUGUCUUGUUAUCGGAAAAGACGCCAAGGAUGUAUCUGUGUCAGAUGCGCUGAAUUAUGUUGCUGCGUACACUUGUGGCAACGACAUCUCAUCAAGGAAACUCCAACGUGAUGCUGCGUUUGCAGGGAACGUGCCACAGUGGGGGUUCUCCAAGGGAUUUGACACAUUUGCACCUUUGGGACCCUGUCUCGUUCGACCUGAUCUUGUUGGGGACCCCAAAUCGCUUCACCUUGAGACAAAGGUUGAUGGCGAAGUGAGGCAAACUGAGGGCGUUGAUGAUCUUCUGUUCGAUUGUGCCUACAUUAUUUCCUAUCUAUCCUCUGGGACUACACUGCAGAAGGGCUCGGUCAUUAUGACGGGUACACCAGGAGGCGUUGGCGCGGGUUUCAAGCCCCCAAAAUGGCUUGCUCCUGGAAACAAGAUGGAAGUCACUAUCACCAAUAUCGGGACGCUAAAGAACGGCGUCAAGUUCGCAUAG